GUAAACCAUUCCGAUUCAGAUUAGCCAAGCAAUCGAACGACUGGCGACAACAAAACACGACGAGCACAAACCAAAAUGAUAAUAAAACAAUAAUUGAAACACUGGGCUGGGCGGUGGGCGGGGCACAUUAAAGGAUACCUGCGCUUGGACAUGCUAUGGGCUUGCUAGUUAUGGGUGUUGCUUAUGUAGUGAGAGAGUGCGACGACAGUGGCUGUCACAAAUACGUGUACAACAACGCGUUGCCCCACACGUCUGGCUUUAACUUAUUAUGUCGGAUCUCGCUCCUGUUUCGCCUUAUUGAUUAGCCCCGUGAACUAGUUUCAGCCAGUUGCGAGUGGCGUUAUUUUAUGAUACGUGUGUGCGUGUGUGUGUGUGUGUGUGUGUGGCUCCUGCAACGCGCUGCAGGCAAUUAAGUCUGCAACUUUGACAACGCCGUUGCCCAGUUCUCUGCUUUUCGCUUUUGCUUAAUGCGAGUUGUGCGAAGUUUGCGCUGCCAAAAGUUAAAGCGACUGCCAUGACGCAAUUUCACUGUGGGAAUCCUGGCCAAAACCGCAAUGCCAACUGCGCGCGUUCUUAUCGAUCAAACAGUCGCACAUGUGAACCACUGCCAGCAGCAGUUCAGGUGUGUGUCUGUGUGUGUGUGUGUGUGUGUGUGUGUGUGAGUGGGAGUGUGUGUGUAUGGCAACGUCAAAAGUGCCAAGCAAUACAUUAGACAGGCCAGCGGCAGCCAUCGUCAUCACGGCUGUGUGCCACUCAUUCAGACCAGCUCGGGGCAAGCGGCCAGUGGCAGUUAAUGCCUGGGCGAUAGAGCGACGCAUAGUCUUCACGCUGAUUGGAAUCUAUAAGUUUUAGCCAAGACAUCGCACGCGAAUUGGCGAAAGUGAAAGGCCCAAGUGGAUAAAUCUAAAAAAGGUGAAAUAGAAACCUGCGGCAAGACAUAAAUCCAAAAAGUGGGCGGCCACUAUAUGGCCGCUAAUUGAAAUUCUAUUUCUGAUUUGCCAGCAAAGCGGGUCAAUGCGCUGCCAGCUGGAUCAACCGAAGGAGACGCCUCGUUAGCAGCAGCAACAGCAGCAGCUGUAAUCCAAUCAAGUUGCCAGCGGCAUGGGCGACUCAGGUGAGUGUGGCUGCUGUUCCUUUCCCUCCGCCUCCUUUUCCUUUUGUGGUGCAACGGGGAGGCAACGCAACCGCGACUAUUCAAUUUGACGUUUGAGGCGGCUCUAAAAAAAGUUGCACCAGUUGCGAUAGCCGAGACACGCAUACGUGCCUUCUGUCGAGUUUAAAGAUAGAAACCCGGCAGGAUUAACCUUUUGCGAUAUGGUAAGGCGUCGCUGUUGAAACUUGUGACAGCUUUGCUGCAGGAUUAGAAACUUGCAUUAGUUGCCUUAGAAGAGUCCUAGACGUUAGCAGCUUUCGCGGAGAUUUGCCAAGAUGUUGGGCAUAGCCUGCGAUCCGUUGCAGCAUACGAGCAUGUAUGAUCGCGGCUCAGAUGACAGCGAGGACAGCGAUGGCGAGGGCGGACUGGGCAACGUUUCCCGCGUGAUAAUCCGUCCGCCCGGACAGAGCGGCAAGGCCAAGCGCGGCCAUUUGUGCUUCGACGCGGCCUUCGAGACCGGGAAUCUGGGCAAGGCGGAGCUGGUGGGCGAGUUCGAGUACGAUUUGUUUCUGCGCCCGGACACGUGUAAUCCGCGCUUUCGCUUCUGGUUCAACUUCACCGUGGACAAUGUGAAGCAGGAUCAGCGCGUCCUCUUCAACAUUGUGAACAUCAGUAAGAGCCGCAAUCUGUUCAACUCCGGCCUGACGCCGCUCGUCAAGUCCUCCAGCCGGCCCAAGUGGCAGCGGCUGCCCAAGCGCCAGGUCUUCUUCUAUCGCUCGGCCAUGCACCAGGGACACUAUGUGCUCAGCUUUGGCUUCAACUUCGACAAGGAGGAGGAUGUGUACAUGUUCGCUCUGGCCAUGCCGUACAGCUACUCCCGGUUGCAGUCCUAUUUGAAUGUGAUCGAUGCACGCCAGGGCACCGAGAAGCGGUUCACGCGCUGCGUUCUCGUCAAGUCUCUGCAAAACCGCAAUGUCGAUCUGCUCACAAUUGACCAGGUGACGCACAGCCAGCGGUCGACGAACCGGCUCGAGCGUAGCUUCAUACGGGUCAUUGUCAUACUGUGCAGGACGCACUCGAGCGAAGCGCCCGCAUCGCAUGUGUGCCAGGGCCUAAUCGAGUUUCUGGUGGGGAAUCAUCCCAUUGCGCAGGUGCUGCGCGAGAAUUUCGUAUUCAAAAUUGUGCCAAUGGUCAAUCCGGACGGGGUCUUUCUGGGCAACAAUCGCUGCAAUCUGAUGGGCCAGGACAUGAAUCGCAACUGGCAUGUGGCCUCCGAGUUCACCCAGCCGGAGCUGCAUGCCAUCCGGAAUGUGCUAAAAGAGUUGGAUAAUUCAGAUACCUAUCAGAUUGACUUUGUGAUUGAUCUGCACGCGAACAACAGCAUGCACGGCUGCUUCAUCUACGGCAACACGUACGAGGAUGUCUAUCGCUACGAGCGGCAUCUCGUCUUUCCGCGCCUCUUUGCCAACAACGCCAAGGACUACAUUGCCGAGCACACAAUGUUCAAUGCGGACGAGCGGAAGAUGGGCAGCGUCCGACGCUACUGCUGCGAGCGGCUCAGCGACACGGUGAACGCCUACACGCUGGAGGUGUCCAUGGCAGGCCACUACCUGCGCGAUGGCAAGACGAUCGCGCUGUACAACGAGGACGGGUAUCAUCGAGUUGGGCGCAAUCUGGCGCGGACUCUGCUUCAAUACUAUCGCUUCAUCAAUGUCCUGCCCGUGCCGCUAGUAUCGGAGAUGCGGCAGCAGGGCAAGCGACGCGGCAGACCGCGUACACAUCAUUCGCGCUCGCGCUCCAGGACACGCUACGAGGUGAAGCCACGGCCAAAAACGACACGUUGCCAUGCGCCCAUUGCGUACACCAAUCUGAGCAUUUGCUACGACUCAGCUGGCGGCGGUGGCGGAGGAGUUGGCGGGGUCUCCUCCGACGAGGGCGGCUUUUCACCGACGCGUCCGAUGCCCAUUGCACCCGGCAGCAGCUGCUUCAGCGGCUAUCGCAAUUAUCGGCGCGCCGUCACCGCCAGCUGCGGACACCAUGAUCAGUAUUCCCUGGGCACUAGCGAGCCUGCCGCCGGCAGUCGCCAUAAGCGACGCGCCGCCGCCGCCGUCGCUGCCGCUUUGCCUAUUGAUGUGCCUGUGCCGCCCAAGCCGUACCUGUCCAUAAUCGAUCUGAAUCAGCUGACCCGUGGCAGUUUAAAGCUGAAGGCGAGCAGCUUCGAUGCCGACGAUCGACGCUAGCCUCAGCUUUAAUUCUGAAUCUAAUUGAUUUUAUAUGCUUAACGCUUUUUGCAGUCGUUUCCCUAAAUAAACAGUUAUAUCUAAUCGACAGCGUUUUGCCUUAGGCAACAAGUUGGCACACACGUUGAGUGAAUUCUCACACAUACCACAGGCAGGUGAUUGUACAGUGAGAGCUGCCUUGAGUGGACAUAUAAGAGGUGUCUAUUGAAGAUGAGUCGAAUAGGUGACAAGAAUAUUUGUAAAUAAUUUUUUUGGUGUU